GCUGGGUGACCCUGGGCAAGUCACUUCGCUGCCGCCGCCUCAGUUUCCUCAUCUGUAAAGUGGAGUAAAAACCGCCCCGACUUCCCAGGAUCUCUCGAGAGGGUGUUUGGAAAACGCCAGGCACACGGUGCCUCAGCCCCGACCGCCAUGGGAAUCCACGGCCUGGCCAAGCUGAUCGCUGACGUGGCGCCCGGCGCCAUCCGGGAGAACGACAUCAAGAGCUACUUUGGCCGGAAGGUGGCCAUCGAUGCCUCCAUGAGCAUCUACCAGUUCCUGAUCGCAGUGCGGCAGGGGGGGGACAUGCUCCAGAACGAGGAGGGCGAGGCCACCAGCCACCUGAUGGGCAUGUUCUACCGCACCAUCCGCAUGGUGGAGAAUGGCAUCAAGCCGGUGUACGUCUUUGACGGCAAGCCGCCGCAGCUCAAGUCGGGCGAGCUGGCGAAGCGGGGCGAGCGGCGGGCCGAGGCUGAGAAGCAGCUGCAGCAGGCGCAGGAUGUGGGGGCUGAGGAGGAGGCGCACAAGUUCGCCAAGCGGCUGGUGAAGGUCACCAAGCAGCAUAAUGAUGAGUGCAAACAGCUGCUGAGCCUGAUGGGCAUCCCCUACCUGGAGGCGCCCAGUGAGGCCGAGGCCAGCUGUGCCGCCCUGGUGAAGGCCGGCAAGGUCUACGCCGCCGCUACAGAAGACAUGGACUGCCUGACCUUCGGUAGCCCCGUGCUGAUGCGCCACCUGACCGCCAGCGAGGCCAAGAAGCUGCCCAUCCAGGAGUUCCACCUGAGCCGAGUGCUGCAGGAGCUGGGCCUCACCCAGGAGCAGUUUGUGGAUCUGUGCAUCCUUCUGGGCAGCGACUACUGCGACAGCAUCCGAGGCAUCGGGCCCAAGCGCGCCAUGGACCUCAUCCAGCAGCACAAGAGCAUCGAGGAGAUCGUCCGGCAGCUCGACCCCAAGAAGUACCCCCUGCCCGACAACUGGCUCCACAAGGAGGCCCGGCACCUCUUCCUGGAGCCCGAGGUGCUGGACGCCGAGAGCGCGGAGCUCAAGUGGAGUGAGCCUGACGAGGAGGGCCUGGUCCGGUUCAUGUGCCACGAGAAGCAGUUCAACGAGGAGCGGGUCCGCAACGGGGUCAAGCGGCUGAGCAAGAGCCGCCAGGGCAGCACCCAGGGCCGGCUGGACGACUUCUUCAAGGUCACGGGCUGUCUCACCUCGGCCAAGCGGAAGGGGCCAGAGCCCAAGGGGACAACCAAGAAGAAGCCAAAGGCCGCCACAGCGGCAAAGCUCAAAAACAAGAAAUAAAGUCCUGCCCUCCCCUCCCCCAGGACACUGCCUUCUGGGUCUUGUUGGGUGGGGCCGGGGGCGCCCCUUCUUAGUCUGUGGUGUGUCAGGGCAGCCGGGGCUGGCUCCGAGCACCAGUCACUAGCUUGGUAACGGCCGAUGCCCGGCAGCCGGCCCAGAGGAUUCUGCGGUGCUCCCCUCCUUGAGGAGGCUGGGCUAAGGCAGAAGCCCCCACAUUUGGACUUGGCUUCCGGCUCGAGAAUCACACCUACAUCCUCAGGACUAGAUACUUGUUUUCGUGGUUUGUUUAAGCUUAGAAAAAGUUAAUAAAGUUGUUAGGUGCUCCCAGGGGAAGUCUU